AUGUCCAACCAGCAACAACAACAAUUUCCUCCUGUCAUCACCACUCUCCAAGAUUUCACUCCAAUCAUUGUUUCCCAAGUCGAACAAUAUUUAAAAGAGUGUCAAUCCAAUUCAUCAUCAUCAUGUAAAUUAUAUAUUAAAAAUUCAACAGAUCCGUUUGUGUUAGGAUCCAAAUUGAGAGCUCUCUAUUUGUUUGGAUCUCAAGUGUAUUUUGCAAAAGUAUUAAAUUCUUCAAGUAGUAGUAGUAAUAGUACUGAAACUGAAACCAUCGUCACCACUCCUGCCACCACCACCAUCACUACUACUACGAUUCCAACUGUGAGUGUGACUGCAACCAAUGAAAGAUCAUCAUCAUUACAAUCAUCAUCAUCACCACCACAAGAAUCACCUAAUAUGGUAGUGUUGAAAUUAUUCUCUCCAAAUACCAAUCACAUGAUUGAAUAUAAUUUAACACAUUCUGAUUUAGAUAUUAUUCUUGUUUGCGAUGAUUUAUAUUCAGAGAAUUUUGAUGAAAGUGGUCUCACUUCAAAUUUACAAUUUAAAUUAUCUUUGGAUGUGUGUGUCAAAGAAGAAAAUGAACAGCAAAACCAUUGUUAUCGUUUCAUUUCAUCCUCUCAUUCUUUAAAUGAUCAAUUACAACAAGAAGAAGAAGAACAAACAACCAUCCUUGAAUCAUCUUCUCAUUUCCUCCAUUUCAACAUUGAACUCUCUCUCCUCAAUACCAAUUAUUUUCUUUCCUUUCUCAAUUAUCAUCAACCCAUACUUUUACAAUUUAUUUCUAAUCAUGGUGAUCAAUUUGUCAUUUAUGAAGAUUCCAUCAUGAACGAGAUUGGAGACAACAUUGGUCCACUUAUUUUAUGA